AUGACAGUUGACGGGGCUUCUCCAAGAACUCUUUACGAUAAAGUUUUCGAUGCACAUGUUGUCCAUAAGGACGAAAGUGGAUCUUAUUUAUUAUACAUCGAUAGACACUUAUUACAUGAAGUCACAUCACCACAAGCAUUUGAAGGCUUGAAGAAUGCCAACAGACAGGUCAGAAGAACAGACUGUACUUUGGCUACCGUUGAUCACAAUAUCCCCACUACAUCUAGAAAGAGAUUAAGGUCCGUAGAAUCAUUUAUCAAGCAACCAGAUUCACGUCUUCAGGUUAAGACAUUGGAAGAUAAUGUCGUAGAUUUCAAAGUUCCUUACUUCAGUAUGAAGGAAGAUAGACAAGGUAUUGUCCAUACAAUUGGUCCUGAACAAGGUUUUACUCUACCAGGUACAACCGUGGUUUGUGGUGAUUCACAUACUUCUACUCACGGUGCCUUUGGUGCACUCGCCUUCGGUAUCGGUACCUCCGAAGUUGAACAUGUCCUUGCGACUCAAACUAUUAUUCAAGCUAAAUCAAAAAAUAUGAGAAUUAAUGUCACUGGUAAAUUGAUUCCAGGUGUCACUUCUAAAGAUCUAAUCUUACAUAUCAUCGGUAAGAUUGGUACUGCUGGUGGUACUGGUUGUGUUAUCGAAUUUGCAGGUAGCGCCGUAGAAGCUUUAUCCAUGGAAGCAAGAAUGUCCAUGUGUAACAUGUCCAUUGAAGCAGGUGCUAGAGCUGGUAUGAUUAAACCUGAUCAAAUCACUUACGAUUAUGUUAAAGGUCGUCCAUUGGCUCCAAAGGGUGCUGAAUGGGAUAAAGCUGUCAAAUAUUGGAAGACUCUACACAGUGACGAGGGCGCAAACUUUGAUUAUGAAAUUACCAUUGAUGCAGCUGAGAUUAUCCCUACAAUCACCUGGGGUACAUCUCCACAAGAUGCUUUGCCUAUCACUUCAAAAGUUCCAGAUCCAAAGGAAGAAUCUGAUCCAAAUAGAAAGGCUGGCAUUGAAAGAGCAUUGAAAUAUAUGGGCUUAACUCCAAAUGAACCAUUACAAAGUAUCAAGAUUGACAAAGUUUUUAUUGGUUCUUGUACAAACGGUCGUAUAGAAGAUUUAAGAAGUGCUGCUAAAGUCGUCAAAGGUCACAAAUUGGCAAGUAACGUUAAAUUGGCUAUGGUUGUUCCAGGCUCUGGUCUUGUAAAGAAACAAGCAGAACAAGAGGGUUUAGAUAUGAUUUUCAAAAGAGCUGGUUUUGAAUGGAGGGAAGCAGGUUGUUCCAUGUGUCUUGGUAUGAAUCCUGAUACCUUGGCUCCAUAUGAACGUUGUGCAUCCACCUCUAACAGAAAUUUUGAAGGUCGUCAAGGUGCCUUAUCUCGUACUCACUUGAUGUCACCAGCAAUGGCUGCUGCUGCUGGUAUUGCGGGGCAUUUUAUUGAUAUCAGAGAUCAUGUUUUCAAGCAAGAAGAUGCAGCUAAAAUUACCAUUUCUACUGAUGAAGAAGAAGAAGAGGAAGAACCAAUAUCAGACGCUGAAGACAAAUCAACCAAAUCUACUCAAUCUACCUCAUCGGAAACUAAGCCAGAUUCAAAUAAGAACAAUGACACCACGUCAGCUGGUAUGCAACCAUUCAUAAAAUUAGAAGGUAUCGCUGCUCCAAUGACAAAGGCCAAUGUUGAUACGGAUGCUAUUAUUCCAAAACAAUUCUUGAAGACAAUUAAAAGAACUGGGCUAAAAGCCGGCCUUUUCUACGAAUGGAGAUUUGUAAAAGAUGCGAAUGGAAACGAUAAAGAAACUGAUUUUGUCUUGAAUGUUGAACCAUGGAGAAAUUCUGAAAUUUUAGUGGUUACGGGCGAUAAUUUUGGUUGUGGUUCUUCAAGAGAACAUGCCCCAUGGGCCUUAAAAGAUUUCGGUAUCAAAUCCAUCAUUGCCCCAUCAUUCGGUGAUAUUUUCUAUAACAAUUCAUUCAAGAAUGGUUUAUUACCAAUCAGAUUAGAACAAACUGUGAUAGAAGAAAAAUUAAUUCCUACUGCAAAUGCAGGUGGCAAAUUAGUGGUUGACCUUCCAAAUCAAACUAUUUCUGACUCUAAUGGUAAUGUUUUAAUUGAUCAUUUCGACGUCGAACCAUUUAGAAAACAUUGUCUAGUGAACGGAUUAGAUGAUAUCGGAAUUACUUUACAAAAAGAAGAAUUCAUUAGAAAAUACGAAGAAUUAAGAAGGGAUAUCUAUUCUUUCUUCGAAGGAGGCUCCUCUUUAUUAAAAUUCGACGAUAUCCCAGCUCCUAAGAAGGUCGCUGCCGCUAUUUCUGAUGUUAUCCAUCAAGAAUGGUAG